GUAAACAACAACGCAACGCAACGCAACGGAAAGUCCAUCGUGCCGAGGCGGACCAUGUGCUAACUAACGCGCUCUGCUGCAACAUCUUCUCGGUUUAUUUCCCAACAUGGAGAACAUUACAGAGGGGACGUGGGACAGCUUACCUGUUCAGCUAAACGAGAAGAUCUUACAAACACUCGAAGAAUUGAAAUUUACUCACAUGACGCCUGUACAGUCAGCUUGUAUUCCGCUGUUCGUGAACAAUAAAGAUGUGGCAGCCGAGGCGGUCACGGGGAGUGGGAAGACUUUGGCUUUUGUCAUUCCUAUUAUAGAGCUGCUGCUGAGGCGGGAGGAAAAACUAAAGAAGAAGCAGGUCGGUGCCCUGGUGAUCACUCCUACACGAGAGCUGGCCCUGCAGAUCAGUGAAGUGAUGGGAAAGUUUAUCCAGAAAUUUCCAGAGCUCACGCAGAUUUUACUGAUUGGUGGCAGUAACCCAGCAGAAGAUGUGGAGAGGUUUAAGGAACACGGAGGCAAUAUUGUGAUUGCGACGCCUGGCCGCCUGGAGGACAUGUUCAGGAGGAAGUCGGAGGGGCUGGAACUGGCCAGCGCAGUCAGGAGUCUGGAUGUUCUGGUUCUAGAUGAGGCCGACAGGCUGCUUGACAUGGGCUUCGAGACCAGCCUGAACACCAUCCUGAGCUACCUGCCCAAACAGAGACGGACAGGCCUGUUUUCAGCCACUCAGACUCAGGAGCUGGAGAAGCUGGUGAGGGCCGGCCUCAGAAACCCUGUACGGAUCACCGUCAAAGAGAAAGGUCAGGCUGCGGCCGCAUCCCAGAAGACUCCAUCCCGCCUCUCCAACUACUACACUAUUUUAAGAGCAGAGGACAAGUUCAACAACCUGGUGACGUUUCUAAGGCAACACAAGCAUGAGAAGAACCUGGUCUUCUUCAGCACCUGCGCCUGCGUGGAGUACUUCGGCCGAGCCCUGGAGUCGCUGGUCAAGAAGGUCACAAUCCACUGCAUUCAUGGCAGGAUGAAAAAUAAGCGCAACAGUAUUUUUGCAGACUUUCGGGCCUUAAAAAGUGGGAUCAUGGUGUGCACUGACGUCAUGGCCAGAGGCAUUGACAUCCCUGAUGUGAACUGGGUUCUACAGUAUGAUCCUCCCAGCAGCGCCAGUGCUUUUGUGCAUCGUUGUGGGAGAACAGCGCGUAUUGGCAACUAUGGCAACGCCCUCGUCUUCCUGCUGCCAAUGGAGGAAUCAUAUGUCAACUUCUUAUCCAUAAACCAGAAAUGCCCGCUGCAGAAGAUGUCUCCAAUAAAGGACGUGGUGGAUGUGCUGCCCAAAGUGAAGGCCAUGGCCCUGGCUGACCGGGCCAUGUUUGACAAAGGCAUGAGGGCCUUUGUCUCAUAUGUUCAGGCGUAUGCCAAACAUGAAUGUAGCCUCAUCUUCAGGGUAAAAGAUCUGGAUUUUGUCUCCAUGGCCCGCGGCUUUGCGCUGCUCCGCCUGCCGAAGAUGCCAGAGUUAAGGGGGAAGUCGUUUCCCGAUUUCACUGAAACGACGGUGGACACGGACAGCAUCCGCUACAAGGACAAAAAUAGGGAAAAGCAGAGACAGAAAAUGCUGGCUGAGCUGAAAGACAAAGUGAAGGUCGAGCUUCCUAAAAAGAACUUCAUAAAGAACAAGGCCUGGUCCAAACAGAAGACCAAGAAGGAGCGCCGAAAAAAACGGGUUGCCAAAAGGAAGCAUGAUGAGGGCUCUGAUGUGGAGGAGGAGUACAUGAAGGAGCUUUUAGAAGACACUCGCCUCCUAAAGAAGCUAAAAAAAGGCAGAAUCAGUGAGGAAGACUUUGAGCAGCAGAUUACAAAUGGAUCAAAGUCAAAGCAUGAAGAAGAACCUUAA